UGGUAAAUACCGGGUAUCUCCGUGACGCAGAUAAUACCGCGGCGACAAGACAUCGCCAGCCGAUAUCUGUCGAUUCGAUACCGAUACCUGUGAGGAGAUCGCGGGAGGAGGGGGUUUUGGUGCAGAGACCGACCCUCCCAUCGCGGCUGGGACCCGGAGCUGUCCCCGUCCGGCCCACAUCGGCCAACAAUCGGAAGGGGCAUCGCCGAUUAUUCCGAUACUGGAGGGGAGAGACCGCCAGGAGGCCCCGGGGCAUCGCUGUUAUUCGGUGCCUGUCCUUCCAUUCGUCAAAUGAUGCAGGCUGCGGAGGAAGCCUGCGCACAGUUGGAGGACGAGUUACUCUUUUGUGAAGAUUGCCGAUUGUACUUCAGAGACUCCUGCCCACAGCAUGGGACACCAACAUUUAUUUUGGACACACCUGUUCCAGAAAAUGUACCAUCCCGAGCUCUGCUGUCUCUGCCGGAGGGGCUGGUGGUCAAAGAGCGAUCACAAAGAGGUUUUGGUGUCUGGUGUACAAUCCCGAUCAUUCCACGUGGCUGCAUUUUCGGCCCAUAUGAAGGGGAUAUCCUAGUGGAGAGAAAUGAAUGCACUCUCUAUUCUUGGGCGGUACGGGAAAAUGGCUCUUAUUUUUACAUCGAUGCCAGUGAUGACUCAAAAAGCAGCUGGAUGAGGUAUGUUGCCUGUGCGUCAACAGAAGAAGAGCAUAACCUGACUGUGUUUCAGUAUCGGGGUAAAAUUUAUUACCGAGCAUGUCAGCUAAUUCACUCGGGCACAGAACUACUGGUUUGGAUUGGAGAAGAGUAUGCCAGAACAUUAGGACUCAAACUAGGUGAGCACUUUAAAUAUGAAUUUGGAGAGAAGGAACUCCUAAUGAAAUUGUUCCAAGACUUACACCUGAAGACAAUAGAUUCCAUGUCAAAUCACAUAUCACCCCGAAGCCAGUAUCUCUGCAAUGAUAUGGUUACUCCAUUGAUACAAUCCCACAAACCAAAUUAUCCUCUGAAUAAUAUAGGACAUCCUUCAUCUGGUUUCCAGCUACUGGAAGGAACACAAAAUCUGGUAAGCCUUGGUCGAGCUCAGAGCCGCUAUUGGACUUUUUUUGGCUUCCAGGGGGAUGCCUAUGGUCGUAUCAUUGACAAGACCAAAAUUAUUUGCAAGUUGUGUGGUGUGCGCCUCUCAUACAGCGGCAACACCACAAACCUAAGACAGCACCUAAUAUACAAGCACAGACGGGAGUACAAUGAAUUAGUGGGAACCCAAGGGGCUGUGGUUGACCCACAGAACAACCUAGAUCCGGUCUCUCCUCGCAAAUUGACUUCCAGAGCAAUAGUCACUCCCACUGUUGGGAGGACAACCAAGGCCGUAGCAGACUUUAUUGUCCGGGACCUAAUGCCAGUUGAAAUCAUUGAAGGAGAAGGUUUUUCUCAAAUGCUGUCCAUUCUGGACCCCAAUUAUAAAUUACCUGCAGCAUCUUUUUUGGCUCAUACAAUCCUACAGGAAAUGCACAUUCAAGCCAAGCUAAAAGUAGUAGAAUUGGUAAAAGGUCUACAUGAAUCCUCUGUAAGCUUUGACCUAUGGAAACAUAGUGGUUCUUUGUCCUACCUCACACUCACUAUCCAUUAUGUUGAUGAAGGUUUUGAAGCGAAAAAUAUGGUGCUAUCUAGCAGAGUUGUGUCUGAUGAUCUCUCCGCGGACAAUCUAAAGUUGGUACUUCUUGGCAUUGCUGAAGAGUGGGGAAUUCGUGAAAACACCUUCUACGUAGUUGGACUUGAUAGCCCCUCUGUUAAAUUGGCAGCCUCCAGAUUGGGAUGGAAAUCUCUGCCAUGUGUUGGUCAGGUUUUGAGAAGUUGCAUUGAAGCAGUACUAAAGUAUCCUACAAUACAUAGCAUGCUAGAUAGAUUUCGAAGACUAAUAGCCACCAUUUGCUCUUCGUCUGCACAAACUGAAGAACUGACUAUGCAUGGGCCAAUUUUGAAAGUUCAUCUAAAAAUGUUCCUACGUGAUGGAACCAAGUGGUAUAGUGUCUAUACUUUACUACAGAGCAUAGUAGACCACUCAAAAGUUUUUAAGGACAUUGUUGAAACAAUGAAAGAAGAAAACCUUAUUCUUCAGCAUGAUGAUUGGUCUGUUCUUCAGGAUGUUGUAGAUAUCCUCAAACCUUUAGCUAUAGCUACCUCAACUUUCACCAAAGAUCAAUUUGCUGGGUUAUCACUGGUGAAACCGGUGAUAACUAGCUUGCUCUAUAAACAUUUGGCACCUAAUGAAUGGGACUCGGAGUUUUCCAAGAUAAUUAAAAAGGCCAUUCAUGAGGAUUUGAGCUUUAAGUUCUCAGACUGUGAAGUCAAUCAGGUUCUUAACUUGGCAUGUGCCUUGGAUCCACGUUUUCGUGGCCUUGACUUUCUCAGCCAACCGGAUCGUGUGGAGACUCUUCAUUUACUUAAGAUUGAAGCUUCAAAUUUGGCUAAGAUUCAACACACAGAGCCUGUUUGUAGUCCACCAGAGCCUCAUAACCCAAGGCCACCCCCAAAGAAAGUAAAGCAGGAUUCUGGAAUUGAAUUUCUUCUGGGAGACUUGUGCAGUGUAAGAAAUUCCUCCGCAAGCACAGUUAACCAACAAGCAGAACAGGAAAUUAGCAGCUUCCAGACCAGUGAAGCUUCUUCCUUAUGUCAAGAUCCGUUGCAGUGGUGGAAAAUGCAUUAUACCCAAUAUCCACUUUUAGCUCGGGCGGCCCGCAAACUCUUGGCCAUUCCUGCAACAUCUGUGCCCACAAGUUGGCUCUUUACAGAUGCUGGUGUGGCAGUUUACAGAAAGCGGUCGGCUCUGACUGCAGAACAUGUAGACAUGUUGGUCUUUCUCAACGGAAAUCGAUUAAUACUUUGAAUAUUUGUUGGUUGGUCCUUCACGUUUGUGCCUCUCCCACCUCCAUGACAGCCACCCUUUGCAAGUGGCCCAUUAUUCCUCCUCCAGGUUAGAUCUAGUGCUUCCACUGUGUUCCUUCCGUUAAGAACAGAGCCCAAGAUUUGGGGUCCUUUUGUUCAAACCAGUAUCUGUAGCCUAAGGAACCAGUAUAUUACUGGGCAUUUCAAAGAAGACUUUCAUUUUCAGUGAGUUUCAC